AUGAACCCAUUGCUACUUUUGAGCCAAAUAGGCUUCGGAACGCUGGCUGUGGCCAUAAAUCCUAUGGUAAAGGGCGAUUAUAGAAUCGAGCACCCGAACAUGACUGAUUUAUCGGAUUUGCAAUCAAAGCUUUCUAGUGACUCCUAUUUCGAGUCAUUCCAGUACAGCAGUCAUGAUGAGUUUAUUCACAAUUGGGUUAUUUCGGAACUUGAAAUGGAACACGUUGAUGAAACCAUGUCAAGAGCAUUCCCAGGAUUAUGGAAAUUGGAAUCCCCAUAUUUAGUUCCGGGAUUCUCUAAUGACUUAGCAUUGGUAUUAGGUAGCUCUCAAACAAGAUCAGCGAUUGCCCAUAAAUUGGAUCAUGAGAUUUCUGUUAAGACCAAGGAAAAGUUAGUUGUGCAAUACGAGGUUAAAUUACAGAAGAUGCUUGAAUGUGGUGGCGCAUACAUGAAAUUACUAAAAACCAAUGCCGAUGAUCUCAGUCAGUAUGAUCAUUCAGCCGAUGACUAUGUCUUAGUAUUUGGUCCCGACUCUUGUUCAAUGUACACUAAUGAGGUACAUUUCAUCUUGAAGCGUGAGAAUCCAAUUUCCGAAGAAUUCGAGGACAAGUACUUAACAGAAGCACCACUUUCAGGAUUAGACCAACCGAUUACUCGUUUAUACACCUUGAUAUUAGACUCUGCAGAUCAGUCAUUUGAAAUUAGAAUCGAUGGAGAAGUUGUCAAGGCAGGAAACUUGCUUGCGGAGGGAACAUUCAGACCCAGCCUAAAUCCUCCAAGGGAAAUUGAAGAUCCUUCUGCUAGUCAGCCAGCGGAUUGGGGCAGCAGGUCUAUGAUCCCUGAUCCCACUGCCAUAAAACCGGAAGACUGGGAUGAAAAUGAACCCAAGUGGAUUCCAGAUCCAAUGUUCAAAAAACCAGAGGAAUGGGAUGACAGCAUCUCUGAAUACAUCGAGGAUGAAUCGCGUUCUAAACCAGAUUGGUGGAAUGACAAGGUGGAUGGAAGAUGGAUUGCUCCCCUUAUUGUUAAUCCUUCGUGCUAUACGAAACAAGGUUGUGGAAAGUGGAGACCAAAGAUGGUUGAAAAUGAAAAAUACAGAGGUACUUGGAAGGCUGAAAUGAUCCCUAACCCCAAUUAUCAAGGUGAAUGGAAGGCGCCUCUCAUAGCGAAUCCCAAUUAUUAUGAGGAUAAAACACCAGCGAACAUUGAUGCUAUUACUGCAAUUUCCUUUGAUAUUUGGUCAAGUGCAAGCGAUAUAUCAUUCGACAAUAUCUACGUUGGAAAGUCUAUAGAAGAGGCAGAGCUGGUUGGUAACUCAACUUUCUUACCAAAGUUGAGCUUGGAGAAAAAGGAACUUGAAGUCGUGAUGGAAAAAGCUCAUUCUGAAGAUGUGAAUGAAGUAGAUACCUCGGAAGAAUCCAGCAAAAAGACACCAUACAAGAAUGUGGUUGAUAAAGAAAACCAUCUUGAUUACUUGAAGCUUAUCGAUGAAAAGAUUAAAAGUUGCAAAACACUUCAAACGUUCAUUGCCUGGUUCCUCCAAGUUGAUGAUUUAUACAAAGGUUUCUUAAUCAGUGCUUUCAUGGUCGUGGUUGUUUCUAUAAGUUGCAUGGGUAUGCUAAAGUUCUUGAUGUGGUCUCAAGGCAUUGACCUCAGUUCAUCCUCUAAUGCAUCAAGAAAACCGAAAAAAAUAGAAAACGAAACAUCCGACGGGCCAUCCGCGAAUACUGUCACAGAAAUCGCUGCCUCCACAGGAUAUUCAACGCCAUCUUCCAAGGUAAUUUCGCAAAGGACCAUCCAACUGCAAGGUGAUUCUGAUUUCGAUGAAGAGCUGGAAAUUUCCAUCGUUGAAGAGUCUGGUAGUGCGUCAGAUUCCGAAGAUAAAUAA